AUGGCAUACAUGACAAUACAGUUGAGUAUUUGUGGUGACCUACGACUUUUCGGUAAGGAAAAGCAGAUCAUAAAAGCAUGGAAAUUCCUCCGUAUACACGAAAAUAUACUUGCCGGCGAAGUUGUAACCAAAGUACCGACAACAGGCUCAGCUACGACGAAGGGCAGCCUCUACGACACAAAGCAGCACUACAUUGAAGAGCACGACUACCACAAAAAGUACCCGCACGACAAAAAGCACCACUACGACGAAAAGCACGACUGUGAGCACGACGAAAAGCACGACUAUGGCAAAAAAGACCAGUCCUACAGAGAGCACCACUACGACAAGAAGAACCACUGCGACGAAAAGCAUGCCUGCGAGUAA